AUGUCUCCUCUGCACAGAGGAAGUAAUAAGAAGGUUUCCUAUGUGAGGGCUGUGGUGAUCAAUGUGAAUGGUAUCACUGUCAUCCUUGGCAAGGGACACACGGUCCAGGUCAAUGGCACUGCGGUUGUUCCACCUGUUACCUCCAUCAGGGGAGUUAAGAUCUACUUGAGUGGAAAGUUUGUUGUCUUAGAAACAUCUUUUAAUCUGAGGGUGCGUUUUGAUGGAAACCAUCAUGCUGAUGUCACUUUGCCAACUUCCUACAAUGGCCUACUCUGUGGGAUGUGUGGAAAUUUCAAUGGGAACCCUAACGAUGACAACUUGAAACCAGAUAACACACCAGCUGCUAACACCAAUGAGCUAGGAGACAGCUGGCAGGUUGCUGACUCAGACCCCGACUGUACUGAUGGUACAGAAGAAGAAGAUUGUGAUGUAAAGGUGGAGGAAGAGGCCACGAAGCCUACCAGCUGUGGCAUGAUCACUGAUCCCAACGGAAUCUUUAAGCCCUGCCACGCUGUUGUAUCCCCUGAGCCAUACUUUGAGAGUUGUGUAUUCGACAUGUGUGCCACUGGAGGUGAGACCGUGGCUCUGUGCCAGGCCAUAGAGACCUACGCCGACAUGUGUGCUGCUGCAGGAGUCCCAUCGAAUGGAGGACGAACACCUUCUGUCCCGAGCUGUCAGAACCCUGCAGGACACGGCGGCUCUUGCGAUCUUCCCUGUGUGGAGGGCUGCAUCUGUGACACUGGCCUCAUCCUCAGCGGAGACAAAUGUGUCCCAAUCAGCCAGUGUGGAUGCACUGAUGGUGAUGGGAAAUACAGGCCGGUUGGAGACACUUGGUUCACAAAGGCUGACUGCUCAGAGCAAUGCAAGUGUGCUGGAAACAACAACAUCAGCUGUGAGUCUUGGCAGUGCAGCCCUGCACAGGAGUGCAAAGUGGUGGAAGGAGUACUAGGCUGUCAUUCUACAGGUAAAGGAGUGUGUCAUGUAGCUGGAGAUCCGCACUACUACACUUUUGAUGGUGUGAUGCAUACGUUCAUGGGAACUUGCACAUAUACUCUGGUGGAGGUGUGCAACGCCACCCAAGUCACUCCUUUCAACAUAGUGGCUAAGAAUGAGGAACGUGGUCAACCAGAGGCAUCAUAUGUUCGCUCUGUGAAAGUCACCCUGUACCCUGGCACUGUUAUUGAACUGCAAAAGGGCCGCAGAGUUCUGGUGAACGGACAGCGGGUGAAAACCCCAGUUUCCGUUGACUUGGCUGGAGCUAAAGUGAUAACCAGUGGAGCCUAUAGUCUGCUGGACACAAACUUUGGUCUACAGGUGAAAUUUGACGGAGUCCAUCACGUUGAGAUCACUGUUCCAGGAGAAUAUUUUGAUAAGGUGUGUGGCAUGUGUGGAAACUACAACCAGAACCCCUCUGAUGACAACCUAAUGCCCAACAAGAAACCAGCCAAGGAUGACAUUGAACUGGGAAACAGCUGGAAAUCAAAUGGAGACAGUGAUCCUGGUUGUCAGCCAGACACCCGUCCAGACAUCCACCCAAAGUGUAGCAAAGAAGAAGAGAUGCUGUAUGAGGCUCAGUGUGGUGGGGUCAUUCUCUCCAAUAACUUCAAGCCGUGCCACGCUCUAGUGCCCCCUGAGGCUUUCCUGGCUAACUGCGUCUAUGACAUGUGCGAGUAUGACGGCAUGCAGACUACGCUCUGUGACAACGUGGAGGCAUAUGCUCAGGCCUGUCAGAGUGCCGGUGUCACCAUCAGCUGGAGAAACAGCAGCUUUUGCCCCCUGCCCUGUCUUCCUAACAGCCACUACUCAGACUGCACAGCCCCCUGCCCUCCCACGUGCUCUGACCUCUUCCCUGUCUUCUGCCAUCUGCCUCCAACUACUUGUCUCGAGGGCUGCCAGUGCAAUGCUGGUUACGUCCUCAGUGACGGCAAGUGUGUUACUCUGGACCAGUGUGGCUGUCUGGACUCAAACAGGGAGUACAUGAUGUCAACGGGAGUAUGUAACACCUCCUCUACACCAGUUGAUGGUUUGACCAUCACAAGGAACUCCAGGCAGAUCCAGCUCACCACUGACUUUGGACUCACUGUCGCUUUGAUGGCAACAGUCGAGGAGGUAAAAGAAGAAGACAAAAUCAUACUUCCUGGUACCUAUAAGAAUUCUGUUAGAGGACUGUGUGGGAACUAUGAUGGCAUCACCAGAAAUGAAUACAUGAAGCCAGAUGGGACAUUAGUCAGGGAUCUUAAAGAAUUUGGAGAUAGUUGGAAGGUCAAUGAUCGACCUGCCAACAGACUUAGGAUCUUGGACCGUCCUAUCCGUGCACUGAGACAAGAAGCAGAGACUGAUCCAGACUCAGGGUUCGAGGUGUCAGACUGCUCUCAGUCACAGCUCAGCGACUACAACAGCCCGACGAAGUGUGGGGCGCUGUCUGAUUCCAGUGGGCCAUUUGCUGCCUGCCACGCCACCGUGUCACCCCAAAUCUACCAGGAUGACUGUCUGUUUGACCUGUGUGCUGAGGGAGGCAGUGAAGCUAUGCGCUGUGCCAGUUAUGAAGCAUAUGCAGCAGCUUGUCAACAGGCUGGAGUUACAUUAGGAUUGUGGAGGCAGCAGCUGGACUGCGUCCUCUCUUGCACCGCCAACAGCACUUACUCCCCCUGCAUGUCAUCUUGCCCCGCCUCCUGCGCCAACCUGGCAGCACCCUCGGAGUGUGAAGUCACUUCGUGUGUCGAAGGCUGCCAGUGUGCCGCCGGCUUUGUUAUGAGUGAGGGGACUUGUGUGCCAUAUGCACAGUGUGGCUGCACCUUCCUAAACAGAUACUACCCUCUCAAAGAGAAGUUUGUGACCGAGGACUGCUCUCAGUCUUGUGAGUGUAGCAGUACCGGUGCUGUGUGUGAGCCGAAGACCUGCCAGGACGCUGACGUGUGCACCAUCUACAACUUCAAACGUGACUGCUACAAAGCAAGUCCCUGCCUCAAUUACCCCUGUUUGAACGAAGGCACAUGUCAGGACUCAGGCAACAACACGUACACCUGUCUGUGUGCAGAAGGCUUUGAAGGCACAAACUGUGAGAUGGAAGUGAUGCCACCCACCGGUGGAGGACUUG